AUGGACACGGACCUUGAAACAUCAUCGACCUCGGAUGAGGAACUCGGAAGUUCUCGCCGUUACGAGAUCCUUGUUGAUCGAUUGAAUCAGUUUCUGGAGAAGUACCCAGAAUUUGCGGAAGACGAAGACGAAGAUGAGGAAACACCAUGGUGCUACUGCAAACAGGGUGAUCUUGGAACUGUCAGUGUUCGCUGCGAUGCUCCAGGUUGUCAGAUUCGUUGGUACCACAAAGAUUGUCUGCCGUACAAAGACCAGCUUCUUGUGGAUGAGUUCGAUCUAUGGAUCUGUCCAAAUUGUCUGAUGCAUCAACUGGUCGAUCUCAUCAAGGAACAAAGAUCCAUUGCUGGAACUUCAGACCAAGGCGACAGCACUGAUGAGAUCAUGAAGCAAGAGAUCGACAUGGCCAUGGUUGAUGCGCGGUUGCGUCGCAGCGGGCGCUGGAUAUUCAAGGACUCAAUUAAGAAAACUGCCCGUCACCCACGUUCUGGGAAACCUAGAAUGCAGAGUGAUGCGCAACCCUUUCAUCCUCACCAAGGAGCUCGCUCAUUAAUCGCCGCUGGCACUGCACCCACCAUCACUCCUGAAGUUCCAAGGCAACCUGGAAAUCCUGUCCCGGGAACCUGGGGUGCUAGUUUAUCUGUGCAGGCUAAGCUCACGAUGUCAGUUAGCAACUUGGAUAGUUUGCAGAGAUCGGCGCGGAUUUGGACUUCUGAAGACACUCAGGUCACGGUGACGACAGAUGAGAUGUUGUUUGUUGAGUACAAGCACGACUGCUGGAUCCCAGAAGCCACGGAUGACCUUGAUAAUUGUCCCCGAUUCCUGCUCAAAUGUGCGAGCGCUUGUGAUGGAAAUGAUGCCAUCGAAGUCCCACUUGACCUCCUCCUUGCCUUUUCUCUGAAUAUCCAGCAAAUGACUAGAGAAAUCAGUGCGAAGCCUGCACCACGUCGUCUACUCGGCACGAUCCAUCUGACACAUGUCGACAUGGCUGUUCUCAUCUCUGCUCUUCGCUUUCUCAAAGGCGAAGCCCUCUCCAUCCUGUUACCUGGCACCAACACUUCACUUACCGUUGGACAAAAGCUGGUGAUAAUCCAGUACACCCAUUUAGCGCAUAGUCUUAGCAUCCAACCACUCCAAAACGCGGCCAUGCACGCCUUAUGUGCAUCAAUCCUACGACGACCACAAGAUUGGUCAGAUACUUGGGCAGUUGCAGAUCUACUGAAUGAGAUAACAACCGAGGGAAACCCCGCCCGACGCGUGCUGUUUGAUGGACCGAAGUGUCUGCUCCCAAACAAGGACCGCAAGCAGUUGCCAUGUGGUGUCGUGGCUCGCAACAUUAUCUGUAUGAACAGAAGAGUCAAGGCAAUUUGGAAACCGAGAGCUACUAUUCCCGCUGAGUAUGCUGAGGACGAAGACUCUAUGGAUGUGGACAGCGACGACGACGAUGAAGAAGAAGAAGAAGAAGAAGAAGAAGAAGAAGAAGAAGAAGAAGAAGAAGAAGAAGAAGAAGAAGAAGAAGAAGAAGAAGAAGAAGAAGAAGUGGGCAAUAUGCACGAGGACGAGGGAGAAGAACAAGAAUUCGAACAAGCCGUCGAUGAUAUAGACGAAGAUGAAGACGAAGAUGAGUAUGAGGGCGAUGAUGAAGAAACUGAAGAUGAUAUUGAACGUUAA